ACACACACACACACUACAGAGUAAACAGUAGACGAGCACUAAUCGCUGCAGAUACAGCGUGUGACAGGAGAAGCGCGCGCUCAAACUUUGCACGUUUCCAGAUGGGAGCAGCAUCAUAGACGGAGCGCGAGAGAGUAAAGCUGAACUCGCAGUGAAAGAGUUAAGAGAGCCCUGCUGUCACCCAGCCUGUGCCAUCGGCUACAAUGAGUGGCAAAUCGGCCCUCAACAAGGCGGUCUUUCUUCCGAAUGAUGAGCGGAUGUUGGCAGCCGUGCAGGUGAAGAGGAGGACGAAGAAGAAGAUCCCAUUCUUGGCUACAGGAGGCCAGGGUGACUACACCACAUUCAUUUGCCUAUCAGUUACCAAUAAGAAACCAGCACAAGUUUUCCUCACAAAAGUGAAGCAGUUUGAGGGCUCAUCAUCUUUUGUUAGGAGAACACAAUGGACCAUCAGUCAGCUGCGGCAGGUGAACGGCAUCGACCCCAUGCGAGAUUGCGCUGAGUUUGACCUGAUAUUUGACAAUGGAUCUGACCAGUGGAUAGCAGGUUCAGCUGGAGAGAAGUGCAUGUUUGUCCAGAUCCUCCAUCACACAUGUCAGCGGUUCAUCCCCGAAAGAAAACCUGAGUUUAUCAACUGCCACUCCAAACUGCUAGGAGGGACCAGUAUCCUUCACGAGGCCGCAGACAGUGUCACCAGUGCAGUGCAGAAGGCCAGUCAGGCCCUGAACGAGCGCGGCGAGAGACUGGGACGCGUCGAGGAGAAGACCAGCGACAUGAGGAACAGCGCACAGCAUUUCGCUGACACUGCACACAAGCUUGCCAUGAAGCACAAGUGUUAAUCCUUUGCCGUAUUUUUGGAGAAUCUGGUACAAAUUCCUCACCCCUGCUAUCAGAGACUGUUGUGGGAUGCGCAUGAAGUAUCAUAUGAAGAAACGAGGAUGAUGUGUGUCUAUCAACAUCAUGGCUGU